GAAUAAAUAAUUGAUUUUUUUUUUUUUUUAAGAAAAAAGGGAUGAAAAUGGUUGAGUGGCGCAGCGAGGGAGAAGCGAAAAGCGCGGAAUUCCAAUGAAAAAAGGGGAAGAGGUGGGUUGAAGAUGAAGUGGGAAGGGGUAAGAAACAGAAGGGAAGAAUGGAGGUGGAGCGUUCAUCGCUGUGCAAUUGCGUUGUGAACUUUCUGUUGGAAGAGAACUACAUUCUGACCGCAUUUGAGCUUCUCCACGAGCUUCUCGACGAUGGUCGUCACGACCAAGCCAUUCGCCUUCAACAAUACUUCUCCGAUCCCUCUCGCUUCCCUCCCAACCAAAUCUCUCGCCUCAACUCUCUCCCAACUGCCGAUCCUCAAACUCUCCUUCAACUCAAACUCCAAGCCGAACACAAGUUAGCCAUCACCGAUUACCAACUGCGUUUGGCUCAGGAAGACAUCUCCACGUUCAAAUCUCAAUUGCAAACCAAUACUCAACGCCCUAAUCAACAACACGCUGCACCGUCCGUUGGAGAAGUUUCGCAGCAACAAGAUCAGAAUAAUAACAAUAACAACAAUGAUAAUGCUAAUGCUUCAUUAACCGCUUCUGCUUUGGGUCCGCUAAAGGAUACCGAGCGUCGCGAUCUUAAUUGUGCUGUGAAGGAAUAUUUGCUUAUAGCUGGUUACCGUCUUACUGCAAUGACAUUUUAUGAAGAGGUUACAGACCAGAACUUGGACGUUAGGCAGAGUUCGGACUCAUUAAUACCAGAUGCCUUGCGUCAAUAUUAUUAUCAUUUUCGUUCAUCAACUUCAGAGGGGGCUGAGGGAAAAAUUGCCAUAGUUCUAGAAAAUGAAACAUUGCUCAAGGAAAAUCAGAGGCUGAAUCAUGAAAAGGAGAGCUUGUUGAAGGACAAAGAUUUGGCAGAUGGUCAAAUAGGAGCAUUAACUAAAUCCUUGGAGGCUCUGCAGAAAGAUCUUAAACACAAAGAAAACCAGGUGCAAGUUCUAAAGCAGUCCUUGGAGAAUCAAGGAAAAGAUCUCCAUGCUAGCAGAGCUGAGAUCAGUAAGCUGAAACUGUAUAUUGGAGGAUCUGGUUCUGGAAAGAAUCUGAUUGUUAGUGAUGUCUACAAUUUUCAACCUGAGUCUUUAGAUAAAUACAAGGAAGAAAUUAAGAAAUUGCAAAUGGAGAUUGAAUGGUUGAAGAGAAGGAAUAGAGGAGUUCCUGAAUCUAGAAAUUUUGUUAGUUCUGAAAAUGAAACUAUGCAAAUAGAAGACAAAGUGAUUGAGAUUCAUGAGGACCAAGGUGCAAUCUCUUACCCUGUUGAUGCAGCCUUGGAUGUCAUAGGCAAGGAAGAUACUCAAUCCCCAGUUUUACAAACUCUUGACGAAUAUGCUGAUAAACACGAAGAUCCACUGGAUGCAUUAUUUAAUCCUGCAACUGGAAACACUGCUUUUGAAAAAAUUGAAAAUGUCUCUGAACAAAAUAUUGACAAGCAAGAAAGGGAUAGCAAGUUAAACCCAAAAUCAGACAAUGUAAACUAUGAAGCAAUAUCUGAGAAGAUGGGAUUAGGAACCAUUCAGAUAGUAGCAGACGCUUUGCCUAAAAUUGUUCCUUAUGUCUUGAUCAACCAUCGUGAGGUUUGCUACUCUAAUUUUAUUUACACUUAUGCAAUCUUCAACAUAUGUUGCAUUAGUGUUGUUUGGUUGCAGGAACUGCUUCCUAUAUUGAUGUGUGCAAUUGAGCACCACCCGGACAGCAGGACUCGGGAUUCUUUGACCCAUACAUUAUUUAACUUAAUCAAGCGUCCGGAUGAACAACAGAGACGAAUAAUAAUGGAUGCGUGUGUCAGCCUUGCAAAGAAUGUUGGAGAGAUGAGAACAGAAACAGAAUUGCUUCCUCAAUGUUGGGAACAAAUAAAUCAUAUGUACGAGGAACGUAGACUGCUCGUUGCUCAAUCAUGUGGAGAGCUUGCAGAAUUUGUCCGGCCUGAGAUUCGCGAUUCUCUUAUCUUAUCAAUUGUGCAGCAACUAAUAGAAGAUUCUGCCACUAUUGUUCGUGAGGCUGCGGCUCAUAAUUUGGCUAUGCUGCUUCCACUUUUUCAAAACAUGGAUAAAUAUUUCAAGGUGGAGGAGUUAAUGUUCCAAUUGAUAUGUGAUCCCUCAGGAGUGGUGGUCGAAACUACUCUCAAGGAAUUGAUUCCUGCAGUUAUAAAGUGGGGAAACAAAUUAGACCAAGUUCUGAAAGUUUUACUCUCUCAUAUUUUGAGCUCUGCUCAGCAUUGUCCACCUCUUUCUGUAAUUGAAGGGUGUAUAGAGUCACAUCUACAUGUACUGGGUGAAAGAGAGCGCUGGAAUAUAGAUAAUCUUUUGAGAAUACUAGUGGAAUUGCUUCCUUUGGUGUACCAGAAAGCGAUUGAGACAUGCCCCUUUUCAUCCUCAGUAGAAACUACCCAAGUGUUUUCUACCACAUUGCUUGAACUGUAUGCAAGGGGACAUGUUGAAUGGGAUGCAUUUGAAUGGAUGCAUGUUGAGUGCUUUCCCAAAUUGAUACAACUGGCUUGCUUGUUACCAUGGAAAGAAGAUAAUUUACGGAGCCGAAUUUCCAAGUUUCUAUUAUCUGUUUCUAAAAGGUUUGGGGAUUCCUACAUGACAUGCAUCAUGCUACCUGUAUUUUUAACAGCAGUUGGGGAUGAUGCCAAUUUGACAUUCUUUCCUAGUGCCAUUCAUUCAAGAAUUAAAGGUUUGAGACCAAGAUCUGUUGUUGCGGAGAAGCUCUCUACAUUGUGUGUCCUACCGCUUCUUUUGGCUGGUAUUUUGAGUGCUCCAGGAAAACGCAAACAAUUAGAAGAAUAUUUAAGAAAGCUGCUACUGGAAGACAAUUCGAAAGAGAAUCUGUCUACAAAGCAUACUACUGAGAUCAUUAAUGCUGUUCGCUUCAUUUGCAUAUAUGAAGAAAACCAUAGUAUGAUAUUCAAUAUACUGUGGGAAAUGGUUGUUAGCUCUAAUGCGAAAAUAAGCGCUGCCCAGCUCAUAAAAGUUAUUGUGCCAUACAUUGACGCAAAGGUUGCUUCAACUCAUGUUUUGCCUGCCUUAGUUACUCUUGGAUCUGACCAAAACGUCAAUGUGAAGUGUGCCAGCAUUGAUGCAUUUGGUGCCGUGGCUCAACACUUAAAAAAUGAGAUGAUAGUUGACAAGAUACGUGCUCAAAUGAGUGCUUUUCUUGAAGAUGGAUCCCAUGAAGCUACUAUUGCCGUCAUUCAUGCAUUGGUCGUUGCAGUACCGCAUACAACAGAAAAGCUCAGAGAUUAUCUUUUAUCCAAGAUUUCUCAACUUACAGCCGUUACUACUACUGCUUCAAGUGAUUUGACGCGUCGGCAAGAAAGAGCCAAUGUAUUUUGUGAGGCAAUUCGUGCUCUGGAUGCUACAGAUCUUCCUGCAAAUAGUGUUCGGGACUUCCUCUUGCCUGCAGUACAGAACAUUCUAAAAGACGUGGAUGCACUGGAUCCAGCACACAAAGAAGCCCUUGAAAUUAUUUUGAAGGAAAGAUCAGGGGCGAGCAUUGGGGGUUUAAGUAAGUCAAUGAGUUCUCAUCUUGGGAUCGCAUCAUCACUAUCAGUCAGUAACUUCUUUGGUGAGGGUGGCUUGCUGGGCAAGAAAGACAACACAGAAGGACGAGCAGAAAGAGUUGUGUCACCGGGGAAUGUUACAUCACAACCAGCAGCAGAGGACACUAGAUUCAGGCGUAUCAUGCUUGGACAUUUCAGCGAGAUACUUCGGACUAAGGGAAAAUCCCCAGACGAAACUAACAACCAAUAAGAUGCAACAUUCCUGCCUUACAUCCAAUUUUUUUAACAAGUCUUGUAUCCCAAAUACACCUGUUCUUUCUGUAAUGAAAAUUUCAAUCCUUUUUAUAGUGAUUCUUUUGUGUAAGAGUUUAAAAUUUUGAUAAAAUGGCUUUUCUUUUUGG